AUGUUUCGUAUCCCUUCAGAAACAAGUUCGAGGCUUCGUUCUGCCGGCAACUUUAUAAAUUUUCUAACUCGACUGGAAUAUCCUGGCGCUUCGACAUUGCAACCGGAACAAAUAUUGUGGGCAUAUGAAAAUGAAGAAUCGUUUUAUUUACUUGAUUGGUUAUGUGAAAACGUUGAUGUUGAGAAAAACUACAUUGGGAAUAACGAAAGUGGCCUUAAUAAAUUCGAACUUGAGAAGAUAAAAAAAGAAUACGAAGAUCUUGAAAGGGAGGUCGAAGCCUUACAAAAAAGGAAAAAUCAUGUGAUAGCGCAUCGCGAUCAACUCAAAUUAACCUCGGAAGAAUUAGAAAAUCAACUUUCAGAUCUGAAAAAGAUCAAUCACGAACUGGACGACAAGAAUAAGGACAUCGAUAAGUUGAUUGAAGACGAUUCCGUCAAGCUCGAUGCGAACACAGUUGCUAUGACCAACACAAUAUCUAAUGUUAUAUCGGAAAGAGUGAUGAAGGAAAAAGAUGGAAAAUUGAGUAAAAAUUUUUUGUCUCAAUGCACAAGUGAAAUCUGCGAGAUAAUUAAGACAGACCAGGAUUUUACGCGCGAGCUUCAAAAAUUAUGUGAUAAGCUUUUUCCGCGGAUUGAAGAUGAUUUGUUUGAUCCAAACGAAAUAGACGAAGAAAUAAAACGAUUAAAAUAUCUAUAUCCAAGGUCGGAAUGUAAAUAUAUACAAAUCGUAUCUAGUCAUGAGUAUUGGGUGACGUAUUUGAAAGUGUUAGAAGGUGAAGUUUCAAGGCUAGAUUCUAUUGCGAUAAAUACCAACGAUUUAGCAUUAAAGUAUGAACAGUACGAGAAUGGCAUUGUCUGGGCAAAUCAGGAAAUUGAUUCUAUUAUGAUUCCAAAAGUAGAAGAUUACCUACACGCCCUUGCAGAGCUGGAGAUCGAAAAGCCGAUAUUGAUGACCGGUUAUAGCAUUCAAUCGGAUUACCAAGAAUCAAUUAUUGAACGAAUGAAUAUGGUCAUAGAUCUCUUGACUAUGCAGUACGCACGCCUUCAACUAACUUAUCAGGCUUUCAAUAUCGAGCUUGACAACCACAAAGACGUCCAUAAAUUGCUAACAGAUGUUACCAAUGAACUGAAGCGACGUACUGAGAAUGUUAACAAUCGAAUGAAACUCUUAUCUGCAUCAGAUUUCGUGGAUUCUAGGAUCGGAAAGACUGUAGUGGAAAUUAGUGAUGACAUGGUAUUUUCGAUGAAGAAAUUGAUGAAUUGCGAUAUUUUGAGUAUGUCCCCCUCCAAUAAUUUCACAAGAGGGAGAAGGUCUUCAACGUUCGUUACGUACGAAUCACUGAAGGAAAAAAUGACAUCAGUCCAACAAUCAAGGGAAAACGCACGAAGUAGAAUGGAGGAAGAAUUGAAGUCACAGCAAGAGUUCAUUAAAUCGAGCGAAGAAAUCGAAGAUACCUUGACCUCCAUAUUAUACAAAGAUUCGUUCACUUCUGAACUCAUAUUUACGCCAAGGAAAUUAUCGGACUUGCAAAGUGUUUUAGGUUCUAGAACGAAAUGUCUGCAGCCAAAAAUUACUCAAGUUGAACAGAG